AGCCUCUUCCUCUGUGUUCUCGUUCCUGCCAUUCGAUUCUCUCCCGCCCGGUUCCGACCUCCCAGAUGGCCUCCGCCGCUGCCUCCAAGAGAGUGCUGCUCGCCGAAGACGUACCAUGGAGGGCGUCUCCGGUCGGAAUGAAGCCGGUUCCGAGGAUCCACCAAAGCCCCGUUCUUCGCCUCCCUCAAAACCCUAAUGCCAGCUACGCUCUCAGCGUCAUGAAACAUCCGAAUCCUAUUGGAGAGGGUUUUGCGACGGAGGCGAGGCUGGAAGCGGCGGGGCCGGAGUGCAUCGUUCCUGGUCAGGUCACUCCCGUGAGAAUUCUUGGAAUAAAGAUUUGGCCUAUCAAUAUUAACUUGAAGUUUAUCGAACCUGUUGGACGGGAGCUUCAAGCUCUGGGAAAGUUCAUGGAUUCAGCUGUGAACCUUAUGAAUGCAUCAUUUCAAGACAGGUAAGGCCCUGAAAGGAUAUAGCAGCUGCCACAGUCCUACUAGACAUGAAGCUAAAACCCAUUAAGUUACUGUGAGCUCUUCAAAAAAAUUGCAUAAAGCUAAAACCCAAUAAGUUCAAGCUUUACUACCAUAUAUAAUAUUUAUAUAUAUAUAUUUUUAAUUUUUUUUUUCAUUUUUUAACUCGGAUGAGAGAGAGAGAGAGAGAGAGAGAGAGAGAGAGAGAGAGAGAGAGAGAGAGAUUUCCAACCAUUUGGCCAGGACAUUAUGGGAUGAGAGAGGCUGGUAAGGCAAAGAUCCUUGAUAGACUAUAAAAGAGUCCAUGCUUUUGUUUUUAAUGCUUUGUAAGAUAUAAUGUUGAUAUAUUCAACUGUUUUUGCAUGUAUCUUGUUCUGUGAUCAUCAAUUUGUAAUUCCUGUGACAUUGCUACUUAGAUUUAUCAUAAAUUUCAAGUAAUAAUAUGAACUUUUCAU